AUGACGAUCAGCAAACCAUCUAGCUCACGCUCUAGCUCGACAGUGUCGCUACUAAUCUCAAUCUUCUACUGGUUUUCUCGUGCGUCUUGUCAGUCAUGUGUGCCACAAGCCAUUCCAGAUAUAGACCAACGGACAUACAGUUCCAUCGGUGAUAUUAACAUCGGCGUCUUCAUCUCAGCGUCGCCGUCAGGAGGGCCCGCGGCUUGUCUCAACAUAAGUAAUCCUGGAUCUUCUGUUCUUGAGCAUAGUGAAGCUAUUGCUUACGCGGUCAGGUCAGUUAAUCAGGACCCGGAUUUGCUGCCCAACAUUAAGUUAGGUUUCAUUCAAGUUGAUGACUGCGGUAAUGAAAAUGUAGCUUUAGCCGCAGCGCUAUCUUUUUUUCCAAGAGUAAUCGAUCGAACUGGAAACAUGGAAAGUUGCUUCGACAACUCCGCUGCUUGGAUGUAUCAGCAAGACAACAAAGCGAUGCCGUUUUAUGACGUUGUCGGCGUGAUUGGACCUUCAGCUAGUCAGAGAAUGAUUUCGGUGUCAAAGCUGUUUGCUAGUGCGAGAAUACCAGUUAUAGGAUGUUUGGCCAGUAGUGAUGAGCUUAGUGAUAAAUCUCGUCACCCCUACUUCUCGAGACUGAUCCCCCCUGAUAAAUAUCAGGUAGGUGCUAUGAUGCAGUUCAUACAGCGCAAUGGAUGGUCGUAUAUCUCUGUUGUUUAUGUCAAAGACUCGUAUGGUCAAAAGGGAUAUGACCACAUUAAAGAAACAUCCAUGCAGUAUGGAAUCUGUUUAGCGUCAGCCCAGAGAGUGGGUACAGACGCCGACUUUGAUACUGUGAUUAGUGAGUUAUUGACUUACCCUAGAGCACGAGUAGUCAUCUUGUUUCUCUACAGUCAAUCAUCAGGGCUUUUAGUAAACUCCGUUAACAAAUUCAACGCUUCUGGUCAUUUUAUUUUGAUAUGGAGUGAUGCGUGGAAUACUGCCUUCAAGAGACUGCCUUUGCAUGCCCAAGACAGUAUCUUAGGAUCAUUUUCGGUUGGGUUGUACUCAACAUAUAUCCCACAAUAUUUGGAGUAUUUAAGGCAUCUUCGAGUACACAACACUACAAACCCUUGGCUUAAAUCGCAGUGGGAGUAUCUGGCUAACUGCUCAUUGGACAGCUAUGAAUCAUGUGAUUCUGAAUUUGAUAUCCUCACUUCUGAUAGAUUUGAAUUUGAGAAAACCCCAUCGCUUUACAUAGACGCAGUUUAUGCAUUCGCUCAUGCUCUGCAUAAUUUGCUCUCAGAUCUAUGUCCUUAUGCCAAAGGAGCCGAAGCCAGACGUUGCAUACAAGGAGAUGUCUUACUGGGCUAUUUAAGAAAUAUUUCAUUUGAUGGCCACAAUGGCCAUAUACAGUUUGACGAGUUUGGCGACCGGAAAGGCAAAUACGAAAUACGAGAAAUUGUGCGUGAUUAUAAAAUUGUGCCAUUUGUGAACCGGUCUUCUAUUAUAUCUAGAGAAGCUAGAACGGUGGCCGUGUAUGAUGUAGAAACGGACCGUUUAAACUUUACUGAAUACAAAAUAAACUGGGAUUAUGUAAAACGCAUUGAGCGGAUGACCCAGCUGCCAGAAGACAGUCCUUUCUGGGGCAUUCCUGAAUCUGUCUGUAGCAUAGCUUGUCGAACCGGCGAGUUCAGAAUUCAAAGAGAACCCUAUUGCUGUUGGGACUGUCGCAAAUGUAGAGACAACGAGAAGGUCUCCUUCGACGGUACGAGUUGUGAUGAGUGUGAUCUGCUGACUUGGCCUGACAAAGCCUCUGGAUACACUUCAUGCACUACCAUCACUCCAACAUACCCCCUGGUUAAGGAUACAAUACCAUUAAUUCUGACAUGCCUUGGACUCUUCGCACUCAUUUGUGUCACCCUGGUUGUCAUUGGAUACAUUUACUUCCGGAACUCCCGAAUCAUUAAAGCAUCCAGCCGUGAGCUCAGCAUAUCCCAAAUGGUAGCCAUAUAUGUAGGCUACAUUACCAUAAUUAUAUUCCAAACUCCGCCCACUCACGAGUCAUGUGGUGCCGCAUACUUCCUGUUCUGCUUCAGCUUUGCUCUGCUGUAUGCGCCGCUUCUUCAUCAAAACAAUACGUGUCUUCAGGAUCUUCCAGAGCGGCAAGAAGCACAACCAACGACCUGUUCUAAUCAGCCCUAUAUCCCAGAUGGUCAUGGCAGGAAUUCUCCUAGCAUGUCAGGUAUGUAUUCUAAUAUAAAAAUUAUUGUAUUCAAAAUGGUUCUCUGCCUGAUCAUCUACAUCGUCUUCAGGCCUACAGCUCAAGCCAUCCAGCCCAUCCCUACAGAGAAGUUUGUUGAACUCUCCUGCGACAUGACAUCCCCAGGCCUGGCCUCGUUCCUGGUAUACAACCUCGUUCUGGUGUUCCUGUGCUCCAUCUUCGCAUUCAAGACCCGAAAACUCCCAGACAACUUCAAUGAAUCCAAGUUUAUAUCCAUGUGUGUAGCAACCACCCUUGUCAUAUGGCUGGCUUUUGUUCCUACCUACUUCACGGCCAACCGAAACUCCGUACGGAUCAUGCUGCUGUCGAUUGCUUUGCUACUCAACCACACGGUGGCACUGAUCUUUUUGUUUGUGCCCAAACUCUACGCCGCUGCUUAUCUUCCGACAGAAAACUUCGCAACUUCUCGUUUCCAGGCGGGUGAAGCAACAACAGGCGUUCACAAAAGUAGUUUCUCUAACCGUAUAAUGCCUUCUCCUGAGCCAGACCCAUUUACUGCAAAGUUUGGAAAUGAUGUUCAUUUCUAG